GCGUGAUUCCGUUUCCAGUAAUUUCUACGGGCAACAAAAUCGGUGGGUCGCGUGAAGAGUGUUCCAGAAGUGUCCUGUAGACCGGACUGGUUCUCACGGCUGUCCGCUGAUAUCAUUCACCUUGUACUUUUGAGUAAACAUGGCCAAGUGGGGAGAAGGGGACCCUCGGUGGAUCGUGGAAGAAAGAGCCGAUGCUACAAAUGUCAACAAUUGGCACUGGACGGAGAGGGACGCCACAAACUGGUCGUCAGAGAAGUUGAAAGAGCUUCUGGUGGGUCUGCAAGUAGAAAACGAUGAAGGCAAAUGUGAAAUCACAGAGGUCAGCAAGGUGGAAGGAGAGGCUUCUAUCAACAACCGAAAAGGGAAGCUCAUCUUCUUCUACGAGUGGAACCUAAAGGCCAAGUGGAAAGGGACCUCGAAAUCAGGGAUCAAAUACAAAGGAGAGAUUGACGUUCCAAACCUGUCUGAUGAAAAUGAUAAAGAGGACCUUGACAUCAGUGUGUCCCUUUGUAAAGGCGAGCCUGACACACCACUCUUUAAUCUGAUGAGAAAGGAGGGGGCUUCGAAAGUCCGCGACGCACUGAGCAGCUACCUUGACCUUCUCAAAACAGAGUUCACGCAGGGCAUGAUCUUACCAACUGCCAAUGGUGUGACCAAACAGGCAACCUCUCAGACGAAAGUCAAGCUGAACAAAACCCAGAUUGGCUCAGGUGGCACAGCUCCUCCUCCCGGCACAGGGGUAAAGAUCCCUACAUGCAAGUUCUCCAUAAAAGACACUUUCCUCACUUCACCGGAGGAGCUCUACAGAGUUUUCCUCAAACAGGAGUUGGUGCAGGCAUUUACGCACUCAGCUGCCAUCGUUGACCCAGAGAAGGGAGGCAAGUUCCGCCUGUUGGAUGGAAAUGUAUUCGGAGAGUUCCAGGAGCUGGUUCCUGACGAGAAGAUAGUCAUGAAAUGGAGGUACAACACGUGGCCAAGCGAGCACUAUGCGACAGUGACGCUGACCUUCAUAGACAAGGGCAAUGAGACCGGGCUGAAGAUCGAGUGCCGAGCCGUGCCAGAGAGCGAGGAGGACCGCACGCGAGAAGGCUGGCAGAGGUACUACUGCCAGGCCAUCAAACAGACAUUUGGCUUUGGUGCACGACUCUGCUGAGCUUUAACUUCAGCCGUCACAUCAUUUUGGCUGUUUUUUUUUUCCCCCUUUUUUCUUCCCUAUGUACAAAUGAGCACCUGGAAUGUGACUCUACUGAAAAACAGACUUACCAUUGCACCAUGUUCUACCUUUCUGGUUUUGGUUUAUGUGUUUAAAAAAAAAAAAAAUCCAAAAAUCAGAAAAGAAAUGUAUAGUUACAAUGAUUGACAUGAGGUAAGGUAUUGACAUUCUUUUCAUGUAUCAUCAUUUAUCGUAGCGCAGUAAGAUCUACAUUUGGCACUCUCACCUCCUGACCUUGUCUGGACAGGGGCAGACUUGACUUGUGCCUUCUUUGGAUUGAGAGUUUAACUUAUGGAUCCGUUUGUCAUGUAGGACUGAGAAAAGUAAAAUGAAUUGUCAAACCACUAAAUUUUGUUCUGAUUAGAUAUGACAAAAAAAAAAAAACAAUUAGGAAAAAAAAUCAUUUCUAUAAAUGGUUAUCAACAUGAUAUCAUAUGGUAUUAUAAUUUAUGUGAUAUUUGCUUGAAAUGUUUUAUUCUCAGAAAAGGACCUAGGCUUGUAUGUUCAGAUUGAUGUAUUCAAAUUUGUUUCAAAUGUGCAAGUGGGCAUUUUUUUUUUUCUUUUUCCUUCCACAUGACUGCUUUUGUAUACAUUUAAUUCAUUCCCCAGCAUAUUUUGUCUGUUUUAUGUACCUGAUGUCAUUCAAAUGAACAGUUUUCCUCAAGGCAUCGUGCAGAA